AUGGCUGGGAAGGGGGCGCUGCUCCUGUGGGCCCAGACCCUCAGCCUCGCUGCUCCUGGUGGAGCCCCCCUGGAGGCGGCGGUGCUGUGGGACCGGGUGACCCUGACCUGCCAGGGCUCGGGGACCCCCGGUGUCAGCACCUGGUACAAGGACGGGCAGCGCUGGGGGCAGCAGGGACAUGACCGCCUCAUUGUCACUGAGAGAGGCACCUACACGUGUGACAGACCCAGCACUGGGCGCAGCCCCCCCUUGACAAUCUCAAAUGAUGAUCUGGUGCUGCAGGUGCCAGCGCGGGCACUGCUGGAGGGGGACACAGUGACCCUGCGCUGCCAGGACUGGUGGAACCACACGGACACCAAGGUGCGAAUUUACCGGGACAAGAAGGAUCUGUGGGGGCCCAUCAAUGGGACUGAGCUGUCCCUGUCCCAUCUGCAGCUGAACCACAGCAGCAGCAGCUACAGCUGCGGGGGCUUGCUCUUCUCGGUGCCGGUGCUGGAGGGUCCCCCCACACCCACCGAGGGGUCCCCUCUGACUCUCAGCUGCCUCAGCACCCCCAGCCCCCUGUUGCCCCGAGCCCCCCUCCUGCACGUGUUCUACCGGGACAGGCAGGUGGUGGGGGGCACACAGGGGUCCCCGCAGCUGCUGGUGGUCGCCCUGGGGGUCUCCCACUCGGGGAAUUACAGCUGCCAGCUGCACUCUGAGGAGGGGCCGUGUGGAAUAGCAGCACCUGGCUCUGUGUCACGGUGCGCAGUGUGUGCAGGUGACAAUGAGACUCUGCACUGCUCAGUGCAGGUGAGCUCAGCCCCUGUCACCUUCACCUGGCUGCACAACGGGCAGGAGGUGGCCCAGGGUCCCCUCCUGGAGCUCAGGGACAUCAAUGUGGGACAUUUGGGCACCUACCAGUGCAUGGCCACCAACCAGCUGGGACAGGAUGGGCCCUGCGUGUUCCGGGUUCUUAGCCCAGAGCUGGCCCUGGAGGAUACACUUGGCCGCAGGGGUUGGUGGGGCCCUUUUCUUCCUGCUCUGCUCGUGGGUGUCAUUGUGGCCUGGCACCGGUGGAACCGUGUGGGUGGGUGA